UUGUGUUCAAGAUUUUAAUGUUUAUAUGUUUGAUGAACCUUCAUCUUAUUUAGAUGUUAAACAAAGAUUAAGAGCUGCUGAAGUUAUUAGAUCUUUAUUAUCAGCUACAACUUAUAUUAUUUGUGUUGAACAUGAUUUAUCAGUAUUAGAUUAUCUUUCUGAUUUUGUUUGUAUCUUAUAUGGUGCACCAUCCGUUUAUGGGGUUGUUUCAUUACCUUCUUCUGUCAGAGAAGGUAUAAAUAUUUUCUUAGAUGGUCAUAUUCCAACUGAAAAUAUGAGAUUUAGAACUGAAUCUUUACAAUUUAGAUUAGCUGAUUCUGCUGCUGAUUUAAUCUUAGAUAAAUCAAAUGCUAUGAGUUAUCCUGCUAUGAAAAAGACUCAAGGUAAUUUCAAAUUAACUGUUGAACCAGGUGAUUUUACAAAUUCUGAAAUUUUAGUUAUGAUGGGUGAAAAUGGUACUGGUAAAACAACUUUCUGUAAAUUAUUAGCUGGUUUAACUCCUGCUGAUGAUGGUCAAGAAAUUCCAAAAUUAAGUGUUUCAUUAAAACCUCAAAAGAUUGCUCCAAAAUUCCCUGGUACUGUUAGACAAUUAUUCUUUAAAAAGAUUAGAGCUUCAUUUUUACAUCCUCAAUUUCAAACUGAUGUUGCUAAACCAUUAAAGAUUGAAGAUAUUUUAGAUAAUGAAGUUAAAACUUUAUCUGGUGGUGAAUUACAAAGAGUUGCUAUUGUUUUAGCAUUAGGUGUACCAGCUGAUAUUUAUUUAAUUGAUGAACCAUCAGCUUAUUUGGAUUCUGAACAACGUAUUAUUUGUUCUAAAGUUAUCAGAAGAUUUAUUUUACAUGCUAAAAAGACUGCCUUUGUUGUUGAGCAUGAUUUUAUUAUGGCUACUUAUUUAGCUGAUAGAGUCAUUGUAUUUGAAGGUCAACCAUCUCUUAAUGCUUAUGCUAGAACUCCUGAAUCUUUAUUAACUGGUUGUAAUAAAUUCUUGAAGAAUUUGAAUGUUACAUUUAGAAGAGAUCCAAACUCUUUUAGACCAAGAAUUAAUAAAUUAGAUUCUCAAAUGGAUAAAGAACAAAAAUCCUCGGGUAAUUAUUUCUUCUUGGAUAGUACCGACUUAUGAACAAACAAUAAGGGCAGCAUUUUCAUUUCAUUCUUAAUUAAUAUAGUCUUUACUAAUAGUAAGUCUAUAUUAAUUCUGUUUCACCUCCUGUACAUUAGUGUUUCAAUUGCAUACAAUUGGAAGGUUUACGACGUUCCAUAGCCAUUCCAUUCAUACUAGACUGUUUUCAAGUUAUAUCUUCUUCUCUUACUCCUCUGUUAUGGAUGUUUAUCGUUGUUUUAUCUCCCCUUUCUUAUAAACACCAUUGAUUUAUCUCUCUCUCACUCUCUCUCUACUCUUAUUGAAGGUUGUAUACGUUCACAUGUUUCUGUAUGUAUGGAUUGGCUCUCCUCCUGGUUUUAUAGAUAUGUAUAUAAGGUAUAUACCCUAUUUAUUACUUAAUAAUAAUUACCAACAAUUUCUUAAAAGGACA